AUGGCGGAUUUACCCAACGCACGCGUUAACGAAUCAGCUGCGUUUUCUCACGUCAGUGUAGAUUACUUUGGACCUUUGUACAUCAAGGAAAAGAAAUUUCGAAACCGACCUCAAAUCAAGGCAUAUGGGUGCGUCUUCAUCUGCAUGGCUACCAAGGCUGUACAUAUCGAAAUUGUGAGCGAUUUGACAACCGAUGGUUUCCUGGGCGCUUUCGGGCGUUUUAUUGGCCGUAGGGGAAUUCCUUCUCAUGUUUAUUCUGACAAUGGAACGAACUUCGUGGGUGCAAAUAAUGAACUGCGGGAACUUUAUCUCCUGCUCGAAUCCGAGCAACAUCAGGAUCUAAUUAACGAAUAUGCUGUGCGCAAAAACAUUACGUGGCAGUUUAAUCCACCCCUGUCGCCACACUUUGGGGGCAUUUGGGAGGCUGCUGUAAAAUCGUUCAAGCACCACUUUAAGCGAGUAGUAAAAAAUCAACUUCUUACAUUUGAAGAAUUGAAUACUCUCGCAAUACAAAUCGAAUCGAUCCUUAAUUCUCGUCCCCUCUGUUCAUUAUCUAAUGAUCCCAACGAUCCUCUAGCAUUAACGCCUGCUCAUCUUUUAAUAGGGCGUCCGCUCACCAUGCUGCCUGAAAAUGAUCUUUCUGACGUUCCAGAUAACCGUCUCAAGGUCUGGCAAUUUAUCACCAGGGCCCGCCAGGACUUUUGGAAACGCUGGCAUUUGGAAUAUCUCAACGAACUCCAGAAACGGCAAAAAUAG